AUGCAAUCCUCAACUGCCACCUUCGCCUUUCUUGGCCUUGCUCUUACUGCCUCGGCAGCCAAUGAGAAGCUUUGCUUUCCUGCUCCUGGACAGAAGAACAACGUUCCUCAAUCCAUCACUGGUCUUGAUGCCCAAGUGAAGAUUGACUGGGCCACUAAGCUCUGCUCCCAGAUCAAUUUCUCCUCUGUUGACGCCCAGUCUGUUACGACAGAUAUCGCUGACGGUGUCGAUGCCACUGAGAACGGAAAGACGUAUGGUCUUAACCUGGUUACUGUUGCCGUUCUGGAUGAACAAGCCUGCGUUUCUAACGCCGCGGCUGUCCUUGUCGCUGAUGUCUGCCCCAGUGGUGGAGCUUUCGUUGACUUGGAUAGCGCCCAGGAGGAGUGGUUCACCAUUGUCGCUCUCGAUUGA